CACGUCGCCCUGCUGAACCUUUCAAAAAGUGCAGUAAGCCUCACUAGUUAUUUCUUCUUUCACUGAAGCAGAAAUAUACUGGCAACUUUUUCGUAUUACAACUCCCAAUCAGUUCACCGUAUCAACGUAAAGGAAGUCAGACACAGAUUCUAUGGACACGGGAUCAACGGACGAGGAGCAAGCUAUUCGGGCACUCCUGGGAACAGAUUCUUUUGGAAAGCAAUCGCGGCAGUCAAAUACACAAGCCCAAUUGGAUCAAUCAAGACGAAAAGAUGCUCGGCCAAAGAAACUAGCGUUGGCAUACUCGUCGAGCGAAAGCGGCAGUGUGAAGUCAGACCAUGAUGGCGAUGAAGAUGACGACGACGAGGAGGAGGAUGAAGAUGAGUUCCCUGUAUCUCAUGAGCUUGUUCUCAAGUCCCACGAGAAGCCUGUCACUUCAGUUACAGUAGAUCCGUCAGGCGCGCGUCUUAUAUCUGGCUCCACUGAUUGCACUUUUAAGCUACAUGACUUUGCGUCCAUGACGCCGACCACUUUACGCGCAUUCAAAAGUGUUGACCCGUCCGAGACGAAAACUUCCGCAAGCUCAGAGACACAUCCUAUACAUCAAGUCACUAUAAACCCUCUGGCCGCGAAUCAGAUGCUUGUGAUCACUGCAUUGCCACAGGCAAAAAUAUUUAAUAGAGAUGGCGAAAUGGUAAUGGAAUGUGUUAAGGGCGACAUGUAUCUACGUGACAUGCAUAACACCAAGGGGCACAUAUCUGAAGUAUCAUGCGGCGCAUGGCACCCGACCCGUCGAGAGUUAUUCGUGACGGCAUCUCAUGACAGCACGCUGAGAAUAUGGGACAUCAAUAACCCUCGAUCUCAACGGGACGUGCUUGUAUUCAAGUCAAGGGCGGCUGGAUCGGCCGGUAGAACCCGUAUGACUGCCGUUGCGUGGGGUUCACAAGCACAAGGUGGUCCAAAUCAGUUCGUGGCAGCUGCUUUGGAUGGGAGUCUUGUUAUGUACCCAGGUGACGGACCGUAUCAUCGACCUGUGGCAGAGAUCCGAGAUGCCCAUAUCGAAAAUACGUGGACAAGCAGCCUUGCGAUCAGUGGUGAUGGUCGACUAGUUGUCUCGCGGGGAGGAGACGAUAAGCUCAAACUUUGGGAUACGCGAAAGUUCAAGCUGGCCAUUACCACCGUUGAUAUGCCUUCAAUGUCGGGCCAGUUCCCUACAUCGAACAUUGUAUUCUCACCCUCCUCCGCCAACCUGAUUACGGGUUCUGAAACAGGCCACCUGCAUAUCCUGAAUCCGGCAACUCUACGCCCUGAACUUUCCACGCCUGUGACCCCCGGCUCUCCACUCGUAACAGUGGCUUGGCAUCCCAAACUCAACCAAAUCAUUACAGGCUCUGCCAAUGGUGAGAUACAUGUGAUGUAUAAUCCCAAUAUCUCCAAUGGCGGUGCCAAAAUGGUCAUGCUAAAGGCUCCCAAACGGCGCCAUGUCGAUGACGACCCGAACCUUACAAUGGACCUCUCGCAGGGUGUCUCUGCCGACCAGAUCAUUACUCCUGGUGCUGGGCCCUCUAUUUCAGGCACAUCUUUUGCGUCCCGCCAUCCCACGCUAGGACUUACGGCCAGUGGAAAGUCGCGAGAUCCACGACGACCACAUUUACCGCACAGUGGUCCGUUUACUAAGAAUAACCCAGAUGAGAAGUACGUGAAGGAGGAGUUUAGCUUAAGUUCGAUGAGGGACGAAGAUCCAAGAGAGGCGCUUUUGAGGUAUGCGGAGAAGCCGAAGAACGCUCAAGAGGCCGAAAAUACCGCGUUGGUUUCGGGCUAUGACGGUGGAAGUGACGAAGACGAACCUAAGAGCAAGAAGAUCCGUCGAUGAACUAACAUGAACAUCACAAUCAGACCCCAUAGAAGCCUUGCUCGAAGCAGAUUAUGGACAUAGUCUCAAAAACUCAUGCCGACGUCAUGGUCUCCUUAAGCUUCAUUGCUGUCCUUCAGUAAAAUUCUUUAAGUCGCACAUCGAUUCGCUGUCCUUAGUAUUAUCACAUCCCAUAUUUCUUGAGCACAUACUUCAGGUGCUCUGUAUUCGCCUCGCACUCGUCGAUUCGAUCGGGCGGUCGUGCAUACUAUGCUUGUCUCCCAUAGACCUGUGAUACGCUUCCUAUGAGUGGUUAGAUUCCUUCUUCC